AUGGCGCCCUCGCGAAAUAACUCUUCCAAUGCCGCUGCCAGGAGGGCCAUGGCCGUUGAGCGCACAGCUUCCUCUGGCUCGUUCCACGCUGGCGCACCGAUCCCUACUUUGAGCAACUUGCGACGCCAAUCCCAUCGAUACCAGACAUUUCCCACCACGCCGCCAAAAACACCCCUCGAACAGCCCUACGCAGGUUCCAAUGCGAGCGAUUCCGAAGACGAAGACGAUGGAGAAGAGACGCCAUUGCCUGUUCGCCAGCUAUUGCUGCUUGCCUUUCUCUCCCUCGCCGAACAGACCGCGCUGAACUCGAUAUCGCCAUACCUCCCCGAGAUGGUCCUCAAUAUGCCGGGCAUUCCCGAUGAAAAAGCAGGUUUAUACGUUGGAAUACUCGCAAGCUCAUUCGCAUUGGCCCAGCUGUCGACCAACUUCCUCUGGGGUUACGCCUCGGAUGUCAUCGGAAGGAAGCCGGUUCUGAUCAUGGGCACAAUUGCGCUCAUGGGUUGUUUCUGUAUCUUUGGCUUCUGCAAGGAGUAUUGGCAGAUCGUGGUAAUUCACGUAUUGAUGGGACUACUCAAUGGAAACGCUGCUUGUGUCCCGACAGUCUUGGGAGAAGUCACGGAUCGAUCCAACCAGAGCCGCGCGUUCACAUACUUGCCUGUCAUUUACUCCCUCGGCAGCAUAACCGGGCCUGCUCUGGGAGGCAUACUUGUGGGAACAAUGGGCAAGAAAUACCCGUAUCUAGCUCCCAACAUUCUCUCCGCUGGUCUACUCGCCAUCAGCGUCAUUGUGGUCAGCAUCUGGUUCGAAGAGACUCUGGAUAAGACCCAAGUCGCAUUUGAGAAGCCCGCAUGGGUCGACAAGAUCCUGUCCUGGUUCCCUUCGCGACCCCCACCUCCUCGGCGUCCCUCUUGGAGCGCGCGCUGGCCUCGUUCGCAUUCCCAGAACCAGCCUCUCCUCUCCUCCGGCCGAGCGCUCGAAUCCGACUCAGAUGAAGAUGAAGACGACACUGAUGAUAGCGAUAACCUUGACCCCGCCCUGUCUGCCUGGAAAGAUCUCAGCUCAACCACCAUUCUGGUCCUGUUCACCUACCUCGUGUUCCAGCUGUCCAACAUCUCAUUCAACAGCCUGUACCCCAUUUUUGCUGCGACGCCUGCACCUGCCGGUCGCGACUUGCUGCCCAGUAGAAUUGGCGUCAGCUUGAGCAUCGCAGGAUUGGCAAGCUGCAUUUUCCAGGCCUUCCUGUUCCAACAGCUCAAGUCCAAAUUGGGCAACCUGGGUACCUACCAGAUCUCUCUUCUGGGGCUUGGUAUCAGCAUGCUAUUCAUGCCGUGGGUCGGUUACGCCGAUGACAAACCCUUGUUUGGUGUCGGAAGCGGCAAGAUCUGGCUGUACGUUGAGCUUGGACUGGUAUUGAUCUUGAAGAAUUUGUGCGCCGUCGGCGGUCUGUCGAGUGUGAUGCUUUUGAUCACAAACUGUGCGCCGUCCCACGCGAGCCUCGGUAGCCUCAACGGUAUGGCACAAACUCUUUCUGCCCUCGGCCGCAGCUUUGGUCCUUUCGUAUCCGGCGGGCUCUUCAGUCUGUCCAUCAACAUCCGUCCCAAGGGCGAGGCAUUGGCCUGGAGCAUUUUCGGAGGUCUGGCCAUCCUGGGCUGGGUAUCAUCACUAUUCAUCCGCCGAGAUGGACUUGAGAGUGAUGAUUGGCAGGGCUCGGACGAGAACCUCGCCGACCAAGAAGCUGAAGAAGCAUAA